ACAGUCUUCCGUCGCCAGAUGAUGUCGCGCUUCGCCGGCCGCUCCUGCGACCGCGUCUACUUCCUAUUUUUGGUGUCGCACAUUCCUGCGACGCUUAUGAUGGACGCCCAGGCCGUGUAUCCGAAGUGGCUCGUGCCCGGUGCCCUCGAGUCCUUCGGCAAGUGGUACAUUGGUCUGUUCCGCGAUCCAGUCAUGACCGGCGUUCUUACGCGAGACGGAUCCAUGGAUUUCAUGAUGCCCUUCUUCUACCUCGAGGUGGUCUUCCAGCUUCCAUGCUUUGUGCUCGGUGCAAUGGGACUAUGGAGGAGUAGAAACGCGUUGGGAGAGACAGAGCGGAGUGUCUUGACGGACCAAGCGCCCAUUUCACGUGGCCUUUCGCUAACCCAAGAUGACAAGCGCGUGUGGCCGCUUCUUGUGGCAUACGGCGCCAGUACCGCUACGACCCUCCUCCCCGUUCUGCAGUCUCUGCUGUGGGACACAAAUACCAGCCCGCCCCUCACGACUUUUGAGCUCGCCUCUCUGCUUAGCUGUUACAUUCCCUAUCUUGUCGUGCCGUUGAUGAUGGCCGUGGACCUCGGCCUCCGACUCACGAAGCUCAUCGGCGGCGGGGUCCGCAAGAAGGUCUAGAAAGUCUAGAAUGAUAGGUGCAUUCAAUAUAAUACUAUGCUAUUGCCUGUGCAUGUAUACAAA